GACACAAAUGUUAAUCAAGAAGUGAUUGCUAUUAAUACUCAACUCAACCCCACAACACAUACAGACAUACAAUCGACGACAACAGCACCUCAUGAUAGUGAUCAAGAAGUCACUGACCAGUCGUUGUCACUCAUUUCAAGCAGUAGUGAUGUAAUGCCUGACCAUUCAAUGGACAGGAAUCCAUCGCCCAGUACUUCAAUUGAUAACAAAAGUCCACCAAAAGCUAAGCCUAACAAAGAAAAACGGAGACCUAUUGCCUACUCUGGGUUUAUGCGGUCUGACGGCUACUUGUGUUCCGAUUCCGAUGACGACAGACCAGAUUUGCAGUCAUUCGACGGUUUACUGCAUUAUAUGUCCAGUCGUUUAGUGAGCAAUACUAGGAGUCCAUCACCAGUUAUACCACCAGUGAGUGAUACCACGAGUGCUUCGCCGAAUCCAUCUUAUUUUGAUCCUUCCGGUGAUGCCUACGUGUGCGCCCAGGGA